AUGAGGAACUUUAUUUUUAUUGGUCUAUUUUACUACCUGUGCAUUCUCAAAUGGGGAUUUGCACUGUAUUCGCCGAACGAGUUGCUCAUCUACAACGUUUUUUUGAAGCCUUUUGGAAUCAGUUUAAAUGAUGGCAUCAUCUUGAAAGUGUCGCCGGAUUUUGGGAAAUGCGCAGAUUUGAAAAAGUCCUUCGAAGAAUGCAAUUCAACUUCAACAAAGUUAGUAUCUUCUACAACUGCAGGUGAACUUUCGAAACUCAGAUCUCUGUUGGGAAACUGCUCCAGUGGAAGUUAUAAUUGUUUUUAUAAUGGGGUGAAAUCAGAUGAGGAUUUGAAAGGAUUGUUUAAAAGAGUGCAGGCUACAGUGAGAAGCUUAUGCAAACAACAAUGCUGGAACACAACGCAGCUUGUCACCAACAGGUGCAUUCAGUCAUCAACAAUAAAGGUCACUGCACCUCUCACACAUUCNAAAUAUGUCCAAUUUGUGAAUGAAGCUCUGAACUCUCUGUGCAUCCAGCAAGAGAAAUCAUCAUGUGCUGACAAGUUUAUCAAUGGAUUACUGAAGAAUUCCAGUGAUUCAGAUAUACAGGUGUGUAAUGUCAACAAGAAUAUAGAGGACAAGGAGUGUUUAAGUGCAUGUCACAAGGAUCUGUGGGACUUUCAUAAUAGUCUGGGAUGCUGUACUGGAUCAGUUACCAGCAUCAUGGAUUGUUACAAUGUUGAGCCACAAGAGGGCAGUUAUGGAGUUUUUGUGAAAGAAAGUUUUGCACGAUGUAACUUAAAGACACCUAAUGCAUGUUCAUCAAGUCCCAAGUGUCUAUUUACAACACCACCUCCCCAAAGCUCCUCUGAAUCUCCAGUAAGUCCUUCCUCAAAAGGAAAAGAGAUUGUAGGAAUCUGUAUCGCUGUACUCGUCUGCGUUGGACUAGCUUUUAUUGUGGGAAACUAUAUCUACAGGCAAUUCAAGAAAAAACAAAGGAUUCGCUUUGAAGACUAUGGCUAUUCCAGACUCAAGAUGCUGGAGGACGAUUUUUAUUAUGAUGUUGAGGAUGAUGAUGAAAACACAGGAUUGGUGCAGGCAUAGCUGUUUUACAGUACACUCAGUACAUUUUAUAUGAAUAUCAACGCUGAAAUUUGCGAAAUUUUCAGAAUAUUUUAAGAAUGAACCCGAGGCUGAGAUUUUGAAAAGAAGAUAAUUUUUUGUGCUGAAAAUUUUUAAAUGCAAUACAAUUAUGUGCUUUUCACUUAACCAUAUACGGGGUUCCAGAUAAGUUUUCAAGGUAGGGUGUCAACGAGGGAUUCCAACGGGUCAAUUCCCACUGCUCCCAACAAAUCAUUAUAAAUUUUCUAUUAAUUUUGUCGGGUCAUGUAGCUGAUUUUGUCGGGUUUUUGACCUGAGACCCCUUACUUAUCUGGAUAGGCUCGAUUUCCGCCGUUUUCUCGAGUCCGUCUACGUUUCUGGAGAGCGCGGGCUCUUUUCCCGAACAGCGGCUGGUAAUCGAGCCUAUUAUCUGGAACAUUACAUAUAAAAUUCUUCCUUUCUCUAAAUGGAAAAACUAGCCAAAAGGCAACAAAAACAGCACUAGCCGUAUGCUCGAUGCUAAUACCAUUUCUGCAAGAAGAUAUGUGCAUCAUAUCGUGCUUUAAUUCCUGCAGGCUGGCUCCAAAAUUACUUUAACACAAUCCAGACACCAAAUACAUUCGAAAACAGAAAUGUCAU